AAAGAGACAAAUAUAACAUCAAGAAAAAAACUGAACAAAACACUGUAAACUAUUUAAAUAGUUUAGAGUUUUAGUCAGUUUUUAUAUUUAGAAAAAUUUUAACGAAAUAUAUUUUUCAUUAUUAUUGUAGCAGUGUGUCGUGUGUGCAUGAGGAAUAAUGACACUUACGUUUUACUCUUUAUGGUGCUGCCAUCUGCUGGUCAAUGACUGCACACGUCCAUUUUACCAGCUGUGAUCUGAGUGGAUGACCCACAGUUACCUCUCCUCUGCACAGAAAGUUUUUAUAAAUCGAUGUUUACCACGGUCUGGUGGGUCAGCAGCCAAAGAUCCAGCCCAGUGAUGGACUGUCCUUCAGGACCUGCAGUGUUUUCAUCUUCAUGGUUCUUCAGUCUGUUGGAGGAGUCCAGCAUGCUGCAGCCAAAGAUCCAGCCCAGUGAUGGACUGUCCUUCAGGACCUGCAGUGUUUUCAUCUUCAUGGUUCUUCAGUCUGUUGGAGAGCAAGCAGAGUUAAUUUGUCCACAUCAACCAAUCGUGGCCCUGGCUGGUGAUGAUGUCAUUCUACCAUGUCACCUUGAACCUCCCACUGAUGUCAGUUCAAAGACCGUGAUAUGGACCAGACCUGGUUUAGAACCAAAGUACAUCCAUGUUCACAAAGAUGGACGACUGAAUUUUGAGAUUCAAAAUCCAUCUUAUCAUUUACGCACCAGACUGUUUGAAGGUGAACUGGAGAACGGAAACGUCUCCAUGAAAAUCUUCAGAGUGAAACUUUCUGAUGCAGGAAGAUAUUUUUGUAUCUUGGAUUCAAUGCAGAAGGAAGCGUCCAUCCAACUCAGUGUUGGAGUCCAGCAUGCUGCAGCCAAAGAUCCAGCCCAGUGAUGGACUGUCCUUCAGGACCUGCAGUGUUUUCAUCUUCAUGGUUCUUCAGUCUGUUGGAGAGCUGUCAGAGUUAAUUUGUUCACAUCAACCAAUUGUGGUCCUGGCUGGUGGUGAUGCCAUUUUACCAUGUCACCUUGAACCUCCCAUCAAUGUCAGGUCAGAGACUGUGGUGUGGAUCAGACCUGGUUUAGACCCAAAGUACAUCCAUUUUCAGAACGAUAGACAUCUUAUUUUUGAGGAUCAAAAUCCAUCUUAUCGUUACCGCACCGCUCUGUUUGUGGAUGAACUGGAGAACGGAAACGUCUCCCUGAAAAUCUUCAGAGUGAAACUUUCUGAUGCAGGAAAAUAUGAAUGUCAUCUUCCAUCAAUGCAGAAGGAAGCGUCCAUCCAACUCACUGUUGGAGAGUCUGAUGUGAUUGGCUCACAUGAACCAGUCAAAGCAACACUCGGUCAAGACGUCAUUCUGCCAUGCCACCUGGAGCCUCCAUUUGAUGUGUCGACUCUAACGGUGGAGUGGAAACAGGGUGAAAAACACGUACACCGCUAUCGAAGUGGAGUGGACGAUCAAGCUGGUCAGGACAAGAACUACACAAACAGAACGUCUCUCUUCCAUGAAGAAAUGACCAGUGGAAACAUUUCACUGAAACUGACCAAAGUAACUGAACUGGAUGCAGGAAAUUACACCUGCCAUGUUCCUAAACUGCACAGUCAGGUCAGGAGAGGCAAAGUUACCCUCACUGUUGAGUCAGAGGAUGAUGCAGACAAAAGACGUCAGACUAAUAAAACUGUUCAUGGUGGAGAAGAAAUCUUGACACCAGGCCGUGGACUUAGCAGUGGUGAUGUCGCUGGAAUUGUCAUUUUAAUUCUUGUCAUUGUUGGAAUUGGUCGUCUUGUAUGGAAGAGACGUAGAAACGCUGAGCAGAAUGCAGGAGACGGCGGGGGAAGACAGGAAGACAAGGACGAAAAUCAGCCCAUCGCUGAUAAUGUUAGAGGUAACAAUGCAGAGCAGAAUGCAGGAGACGGCGGGGGAAGACAGGAAGACAAGGAGGACGACGAUCAGGUGAACAGCUCUCCGAAUGUUCAGAGGAGACGACGCAGAUAAAUGAUCAUAACUCUUAAAAACUCCAAACAUUUUUUUUUCAAAUCAGGUGCCUCAAGCAGAACAUCCAAAUUAAUUAAAAACACUCAGGAUUUGCCAAAAUGUCAAAAGUGAUCAAGGUAAUUAUUUUCUAAUGUUCAUAGGGAAACUGCAGACCCAAGUUACAUAAGACUGUUCAGAUUUUUAUUCACUCACUGCUGUUUACAAGACAAAUAGCAGGUCAUGUUUUCACCCCAUGAGGGCGCUGUUGUCUCACUGUUAUUUGAGAACGCAGACACAUGAGAACUUUUUAUGUGACCUUACUGUAAUUGUGACAUAAUGGUGCAGAUACUUUAAAAUGAAAAAGUACCUGAGGUAGUACUACACUGUAGAAGUACUCCACUACAAGUUAAAGUGCUGCAUUCAAAAC